GGUAUUGCUUAAAACUACAUAUCCCAGACUUCAUAGGGCCACGGGAUGGUUCCGGGUUCGGAGAGAGAUACUAGUCGAUGAUAGUUUAUUGAGUGGCGGUUUGUUAAUGUUGAAGUAAAGGGGAAUUGAACACUAAGCUUCCUGCCUACAAUGACAGAUUUUAAAGCGUGUAAAGUUUGCAACUUCACACGCGAAAAAUCUUACGGACUGGUUGUUCCGUCUAUAACAGAGCUCAAGAUAAAGGGGUGCGAGGUCCUUGAGAUCAGCCCCACUGACUCAGUCAUGGUGGUCCUGGAGAACGAUGGGACAAUAGUGGAAGAUCAAGCCUACUUUUUGUGUCUACCCACAAACACAAAGUUCAUGCUUCUGCACGACAAAGAGACCUGGGCUCCCGCUAAAAAGAUUGAUGGUGGCACGGCUUGGAUGGCGAGAGACUCUUUGGUGCUGGACACUGAUACUGUGGACAGCACGGUGGCGCCCUGGUGGGGUCUGGCUCAGCAGCUGAAGCAGGACUUGACAAGCAUCAUUCUUAUGUCUGAGGCAGACCUACAGAGUUUGGUGGAUGUUCCGUGCUCUGAGCUAGCCUCUGCUCUGGGCUUCCACGAGAAAAAGGCACAGGACCUCCAAGAGACUCUGCAGAAGGUUUUGGAUCGAAGGGAAGAAGAGAGGCAGUCGAAGGAACUACUUCAGCUGUACCUCAAAGCUGUGGAGAAUGAGGACAGACAGCAGGAGCCCAGUCGGGCAGGUGCUGGGGAUGUAGACUAUCCAGAUGGAAUGGAGGUGGACCCAACAUCUGGAUUCAUGUCCAGGACACUGAUGGUCCUAAAAGGGAAAACAAGCCCAGAAACCAGACUUUCCACCGAGGAUCUGCAGACGGUGGUGACCAGAGGGGCGGAGGCUAUGCAGGAAGUGCUCGGCUGGGACGCGGCAAAGACGACGGAGCUGCUGCGGGCCUGUGAGGCCGAGCUGUCCACACGUCUCCAGCAGAUUCAGGCCAUGCGAUCCAUUAGCAGCACUCAGACGGACAGCAGCGGGCAGCCCAGCACGACGGGCACACAGGAGGGGGCACAAGCACCAGCUCAAGGCAGCACCUAGGACCAGACCCUACCUGAGCAGAGACUGAUAAGGGUUCACACUGCCUGCCUCAGGGUCCGCAGAAUGGGGUCGACUAUGUGUUACUGUUUAUGUCGACACGAAAUGGAAUAUAUGAAUGUUAAGGAUGUUGACAUUUGCAUCACUUUGUAAAACUUGCGAAGCGAUUGAAUGCUUAAUGCCUGGAGACGAAGGAGGGCGAUCCACCAAAGACACGAUGACCUAAGCCACUAUGCCAACAAGCUUUUUUAUAUUUGACCAGUUCCACGUUGUGAAAAUAACUUCCAUCUCAUGGAUUAUUUUGAAACUCUCAGACUAGUUAGUUUAGUUUGGUAAUAAACUUAAAAUGGGGAAACGGCUAGCUUUUUUUUCUCCAGAGAGGACAAAAUCUGCCACUCAAAACUCCCCAAAUUCACAAAUUAACACCCUGAAUCGUUCUGUAUUCCUGCCAAACAGUCCAACGGUGCUCUGCACUGGAAGGUUUAUACAGGCUGUGUGCCUCAUGACUUGUUACUUAAUACCUUAUUAGACAACUGUUUUUGUAUUUGAAUAAAUUGAUGAUGCCAUAUUAAUUAAUGAGCUUUUGGGGUCCUUAUUUCCCAGUCUUUUCUGCAAGCUUGACUCUCUGCAUUUAGACUCAAAUUUCAUUGUCAGAUAAAAAAUUAAAAGAUCCAAUCGCAAUGUAAACAAAAAGAGAAAUGGAUGUUGUUUCUCAACAUGUGGAGCAACAUAUUCAAUGAUUAAUUGAACCUUUAUAUUUCAAAUCUGUUUUCCAGUAGUGAUGGUAGAAAGAUAGAAUUGAUGGAUGAUUGGGGGUUGGAGAUUAUCUCGGUGGGCAAUUUAGAAUCAUCAAUUACCCUAAUAGUAUUGUUUUUGGACUAUGGGAGGAAGCUAGAAUACCCAGUGAGAACCCAAGCACACACAAAAAGUAAAUAUGCAAACAUCACCCAGUCCACAAUGGAGUCGAACCAGAAACCCUCUUUCAGGAAAGGCCUUUUGAGUGUAAAAGCUCAAUUAAGUUAACAUGAGAAUAAAUCAUACUUUUAUAAAUGUAAUGACACAGGGCCUAGGGGUGUUUUUUGGGGAGUUUGAAUUAAAAAUCUGACAAGCAGGUUCAUAAUUUCCUAUCUUGCCUCCCAUGUUAUUUGUGUAUUUUCUUUCAUGGUAAACUUUGUAAGCUAAACAGCAUUAAAAAGCUUUUCUUGGUAAACGCCAAAAAGGACAUUUU